AUGACGCCUCUCGUCAUGACGCCUCUCGGGGCGGCGGCGCUGGCGGAGCGCAGGGCGACGGACGCGGCGAGCGAGCUGACGGCAAGGCUCGCCUCGGCGAUGAGCGCCAAGGUCGAAGUCCGCACCUUCCACGCCUGGUGCCUCCGCCUCGUCCGCUCCUUCGACCCGCAGCUCGGCGGCGCCGGCCUCGCCUCGCAGGCCCAGCUGACAGCCUUCAUCUCCGAGGCGCUGCACGCCUGGGAGAGUCGCGAGGCCGGCGGCGGGGAGGGCGGCGGCGGCGGCGGCGGCGGCGGCGGCGGCGGAGGAGGAGGAGGCCGCGGAGGAGGCGGCGGCAGCGGCGGAGGAGGCGGCGGAGGAGGCGGCGGAGGAGGCGGCGGCAGCGGCGGAGGAGGCGGCGGAGGAGGCGGCGGAGGCAGGUCCGCUCGCGGCGGCGGCAAGGCGUCCGGCAGCGCCGAGCGGCACGCGAUCCUCUGCCGCCGCACGGCCCGCGCCAUCGCGGAGGUGCGGCUGCGAGGGACGUCGCCGAUGCUACAGGGCGCGGCGGGCACGUUCGUGCUGCAGCACUACACGGCCUCCCUGCGCCGCUCCGGGCUUCUCGACAUGGGAGAGCUGCAGCAGCUCGCCGCCACCCUGCUGCGGCAGCCGCACGUGCGCGCCGCCGUGCAGCGGCGCUACCGCUCGCUUCUCGUCGACGAGUACCAGGACACAAACUCGCAGCAGCUCGCCCUCCUCCGGCUGGUGCAGGAGCAGUCCGCGAUCGGAAUCACGGUGGUGGGCGACGACGACCAGUCCAUCUACUCCUUCCGCGGCGCCGAGCCGGGCAUCUUCGCCUCCUUCCGCCGCCACAUGCCUCGCUGCCAGACGGUGACUCUCUCGCAAAACUACCGCUGCACCGGCAAGCUCCUCCGUGCGGCGAACGCCGUCAUCUCGAGGAACGCGUGCCGCGUGCCGAAGCACGCGUGGACGAGCAACGCCGAGGGAGGCGACGUGGUGCGGUGCGAGUGCUACAACGCGCAGUGCGAGGCGGACUGGCUCGUCGGCAAGCUCGGCGAGCUGCGCGCGCGGCGCGUCCCCUUCAACGACGUCGCCAUCCUCUACCGCACCCACGCCAUCGGCAAGCAGCUGGCGGCGGCGCUCCGCGAGCGAGGGGCCCCGAUCCGGACCGCUGCCUCGGACCUGUUUGCGCGUGCCGACCUCGCGCCCGUGCUCGCGCUGCUGCGGCUGCUCUCCCACCCGGAGGACUCCUCCUCCUUCCGCGCCGUCGCGGCGGCGGCGCAGCCGGCGCUGCCGCCCGCGCUGCUGCAGAUGCUCGGCGAGGACGCGGCGCGGCGCGGAGUCUCGCAGCUUGCGUCGGCGCGCGCGCUCCACGCCGCCACGAGCCCGCUGCCGCCCUCCCGCGCGGAGGCCGAGGCGGCUCGCCCACUCGUCGAGGCGACCGCCGCCGCGAUGGAGGAGGACGGCGGCCGCGCCGCGCUGCACUCGCUGCUGCGCCGCAUCGACGAGCUCCUCCUCGCCGCCCGCUCUGCCCCUCCGAGCCAGCUCCUCGCCGCGCUGCUGCAGUCGGGACUUGCUGGCGGCGUCCGGCCGCAGAGCCACGGCAUCCGCAUGCUCUCGCAAGAGCUGACCGCGGCCGCCGACGCGUACCAGUCCGACGAGGCGGCCCUCGGCGCGGGCGCGGCCGGACUGAGCGAUCGGAUGGCGGCGCUGCGAGACUUCACCGAGCACGCCGCCCUUUGCGAGUACGAGGAGGCGCCCGACGACGGCACUGCCGCCGCGCGCGCGUGCCCUGACGGCACGCCCCUCUCCGCACCGCUGCAGGACGUGCCCACCGACGUCGUGAGCCUCGAGCAGCACGGCGACAUCCAGCACUCCGACCUCGUGCUCAGCGUGCCCAAGCCGCGCUCGUCGCUCGGCGGCGCUCCGCUCAAGCAGCGCGCGGGCGGCGCCGCCGCGGCAGCAUUGCCGCAGGGGCUCGCCGAGUCGCUGAGCUACUGGCAGCAGCCGCGCGCGGCGCCCUCGAGCGGCCCGGCGGCACGCAAGGCGGCACGCACGCCCACGUCUCGCUCUCGCCCCGCGCCGCCUCGCUCCGCUCCCCUGGUCGAACGCCGGUCGGGCUCCAACCUGCCAAAGGGCCAGCAGCAAAAGCGGGCCAAGCGCACGCACGGCGACUCUCGAGAGGCGCACGGCGAGGCCGCGGUGCGCAAGCGCCGGGUCAUCGUCGUCGACGACGACGACUUUGAGUGA